CCUGCGAUCGGCACACGGGGAAAACCGCGCGCAGGAAACACGGUUGCCACGUGGCAACAUCGCUCUGCGUUAUAGCCAAGCCAAUAUGUUUAAAAGACGAAACCAUUUCUUCCUCAACCCGUCUUUCUUUCUACUUUUCCGUUUGCUCGGAUCAAUCCCAACUAUUCCCUCUGCCCUUAAAAAAACCCAAAAAAAAAAAUUCAAUUAAUGGAAAUUUCUCAUGAAUCCCACACUUUCCUGCCCAAAGAUCGCCGAGUCGAUGCCCUCGGCAACCUCAGCUCCCUCCCCGAUGAACUCAUCUGCACCAUCUUAGGUUACCUCACUCCUCCAGACAUCGCUCGUCUCGCUAGUGUCAGCAGUGUUAUGUAUAUAUUCUGCAAUGAAGAGCCACUUUGGAUGAGUCUUUGCCUCAAGAAAGUCAACGGUCCACUUCAAUACAAAGGCUCCUGGAGGAAGUCAACAUUGCAUUUAGAGAAUUUGCCGAAUGAAUAUAUUGGAUAAUAUAAGCAGGAAAACCCAUUGCAGUUUGAUUGGAUAAAUAAACUCGUGGCUUUUAAAGAUUUAUAUAGGUGCCAUUACUUACAUUAGAUGGGUUUUUCUUUCGAUGAUGGAAAGUGGGAAAGACAAAGUGAUCUAUCGGUGGAACAGUUUCAUCGUGAAUAUGACGGGGAUAAACCGGUUUUGCUCACUGGAUUGGCCGAUACUUGGCCUGCAAGGAAUACUUGGACAAUUGACAAGCUUCUGGACAAAUAUGGAGAUACAGCAUUCAGGAUUUCUCAAAGAAGCCCUGGAAAAGUUUCAAUGAAAUUCAAGGAUUAUGUAUCCUACAUGAAAGAACAGCAUGAUGAGGAUCCUCUUUAUAUUUUUGAUGACAAGUUUGGAGAAUCUGCACCUGGCUUGUUGAAAGAUUACAAUGUGCCCCAAAUAUUUCAAGAAGACUUUUUUGAUAUUUUAGAUGGAGACAGUCGGCCACCAUUCAGAUGGCUUAUCAUUGGGCCAGAGAGGUCUGGUGCCUCUUGGCAUGUUGAUCCAGCACUUACCAGUGCCUGGAAUACUCUUCUAUGUGGUCGUAAAAGAUGGGCAUUGUAUCCUCCUGGACGAGUACCUUUGGGUGUUACAGUGCAUGUAAAUGACCAAGAUGGUGAUGUAAACAUUGAUACUCCAUCAUCACUGCAGUGGUGGCUUGAUUUUUAUCCACUUCUUGCUGAUGAAGACAAGCCAAUUGAGUGCACUCAACUACCUGGGGAGACAAUUUUUGUUCCGAGCGGAUGGUGGCACUGUGUCCUGAAUCUGGAAACAACUGUUGCAGUGACACAAAAUUUUGUAAAUUCCAGAAACUUUGAAUUUGUAUGUCUAGAUAUGGCUCCAGGUUACCGUCAUAAAGGAGUUUGCCGUGCUGGAAUGCUUGCUCUUGAUGAAGGCAGUUUAGAGAACAUCGAGAAGAACAUGUCAUGUGACAAAGACAAUUUUAGUUACUCCAACCUGACAAGGAAAGAGAAGCGGGUCAGAGUUCUAACAUCUCAAGAGAGUGAAAAUCAUGAAGGAACUGCUAAUGGUGCAUCUACAAGCUAUAAUCUAUGGAAAUGCAAUUUUUCUUAUGAUAUAAAUUUCUUGGCCAUGUUUCUGGAUAGAGAGAGGGACCACUAUACUUCUCCAUGGAGCUCAGGCAAUUGCAUAGGGCCACGAGAAAUGAGGGAAUGGCUUUCCAAGCUUUGGGUUGGAAAACCAGGAAUGAGAGAGCUGAUUUGGAAGGGAGCCUGUAUUGCACUAAAUGCUGACAAAUGGUUGGAGUGCUUGGGGAAAAUCUGCUUCUUUCACAAUUUGCCUUUUCCAAAUGAUGAUGCGAAGCUUCCUGUUGGAACAGGCAGCAAUCCCGUGUAUGUCAUGGAUGAAUAUGUGGUUAAAAUCUUUGUUGAAGGAGGGCUGGAAUCUUCAAUACAUGGCUUAGGCACUGAGCUUGAAUUCUACAGCACGCUUUGUGAAGUUAAUUCCCCUAUGAAAAGCCACAUUCCUAAUGUAUUGGCUAGUGGGAUUCUGCACUUGGAAAAUGGAUCUUGCAAAAUUGAUUCUUGGGAUGGUAAAGAAGUGCCUGAUGUGCUUGCAAAGUGCAAUUUGAUUCCAGAGAAGGGCACAAGUGAUGUUUUCCCUUUCGGUGUAUGGAGCAAGAAACUUUUUGAAUAUAGAAAAGCUGGGUCACCAGAAUAUGGACCAAACAGUUCAGCUGGAUCCGCUAGUAUCUGGCCUUACCUUAUAACGAAGCGUUGCAAUGGAAAGAUAUUUGCUCAAUUAAGAGAUGUACUGUCAUCGGAAGAUGUGCUUAACUUAGCUUCCUUUUUAGGAGAGCAGCUUCGAAACCUUCAUAGUUUGCCCUAUCCUUCCUUCAGUAAUUCAACCGUUUCAGGUGAACAGAAAAGGGGGUUUUCCUUUGCCAAUGGCAUGGACAUUGAUUUUGUCUCCAACGAAUCAGAGGUUCCAGCUGAAUGGGAAAUCUUUGCGAGAACUCUAAGUCAGAAGAAGAAGGAUAUUUCUAGCCGCUUGAAUAAAUGGGGGGAUCCAAUUCCUAAAAAGCUGAUGGAGAAAGUUGAUGGAUACCUCCCAGAUGAUUUUCUGAAGCUGCUUUCUGCAUACGAGGAAAAUGGCAUGAAAAGAAUUCGUAAGCCUUGGUCCUGGAUACAUUCAGAUAUUAUGGAUGACAAUAUUUACAUGGAACCAUGCUGUAUAUUUGGCUCAAAUGGAGUUACUGCCCUGAUAAAUAAUGGUUCAGUGAAUGGGCAUAAUAAUGUAGAAGAAAAAUCUUGGCGCCCUAUAUUACAUCCUUGAUUCAGCGAUCUUUCUAUAGGUGAUCCCAUUUAUGACGUGAUACCCAUACAUUUAGAUGUCUUUAGAGGUGAUUCCCGUCUCCUUAAGCAGUUUCUACAAAGUUAUAAACUUCCUUUGAUGAAAAAAACACCAGAACAUGGAUCAAUGACUUCUUGUGAUAAGUUUGGACGACUUUCGUACCAUGCCAUGUGCUACUGUAUUUUGCAUGAUGAGAAUGUAUUGGGUGCUAUAUUUAGUAUAUGGACAGAACUUAGAACAGCAGAGUCAUGGGAAGAAGUUGAGCAGACAGUAUGGGGAGAAUUAAAUAACUAUGAAGGCAUUGCCUGAACUAUUUUUUGGCAUAUGAACCAAUUUAUUUCAGUCUUUGUAGCAUUAAUUCAGUUCUCACCUGGCCAUAAGACAUCCGAACAGGACAUUUGAUUCAUUUAUUAUUCAAAUUAUUUGGUUGUCUUUGGUUUUCUUAAAGAGGUGAUUGUCAUUCAUUUGACUAUGUUUUCUUUUCUUUUCACUUUCUUGUUUCAUUAUAGACCAGGUCGGGAAAGUUUUGCCUAUCGGUAAGUUGGUUGCUAUCUAUAUUUCUGUAUCAAAAUGCAUGACUUAAGCUCUUUUAAAAGCAGUUGUAAAACCUUUCAAACAUGAAAAAUCUAAAUCAAACAAAUUCCAUUAAUUUUUUUAACUUGCUAUCACUAUUUGACUGGUUUUAAGCUGCAAUAGAAGGCUUAGAAGCAACGGAAGGCCUGGAUCUUUUCUUGGCUAAACUUUCACUAUGACGUUCUCUUUGUUCCUUCAAUCUCUGUGCAAGGAGCUUCUGAUACUCAGCAGCAUCUACCUUUGCCUUUGAAAUUCUUUUCUUUUUCUCAGCAAUUCUUGCUCUCUUCCUCUGCAAAAUUUAUGGAGUGACCAAUUUCUAAAUCUCGGGAGCUUUGCUGGCUUUCUUUCCUGCAUUACAGAAAAA